AUGGUCAUUCCCACUGUUGCAAACAUUUCUCCACAGCCUACUGUUGCAAACAUUUCUCCACAGCCUACUGUUGCAAACAUUUCUCCACAGCCUACUGUUGCAAACAUUUCUCCACAGCCUACUGUUGCAAACAUUUCUCCACAGCCAACUGUUGCAAACAUUUCUCCACAGCCCACUGUUGCAAACAUUUCUCCACAGCCAACUGUUGCAAACAUUUCUCCACAGCCAACUGUUGCAAACACUUCUCCACAGCCAACUGUUGCAAACAUUUCUCCACAGCCAACUGUUGCAAACAUUUCUCCACAGCCCACUGUUGCAAAUAUUUCUCCACAGCCAACUGUUGCAAACACUUCUCCACAGCCAACUGUUGCAAACAUUUCUCCACAGCCAACUGUUGCAAACAUUUCUCCACAGCCAACUGUUGCAAACACUUCUCCACAGCCAACUGUUGCAAACAUUUCUCCACAGCCAACUGUUGCAAACAUUUCUCCACAGCCAACUGUUGCAAACAUUUCUCCACAGCCUACUGUUGCAAACAUCUUAGAAUUGCAGAGCGGAUCUGGUUCCCCCGUUACAAGGAAUCAAUCCCUGGAGCGUAACCCACCACAUAGUGCCAGAGCCACCGAGGCACCGCCACACUCUCCCCCACAUAGUGCCAGAGCCACCGAGGCACCGCCACACUCUCCCCCACAUAGUGCCAGAGCCACCGAGGCACCGCCCCACUCUCCCCCACAUAGUGCCAGAGCCACCGAGGCACCGCCCCACUCUCUCCCACAUAGUGCCAGAGCCACCGAGGCACCGCCCCACUCUCCUCCACAUAGUGCCAGAGCCACCGAGGCACCGCCCCACUCUCCCCCACAUAGUGCCAGAGCCACCGAGGCACCGCCCCACUCUCCCCCACAUAGUGCUAGAGCCACCGAGGCACCGCCCCACUCUCCUCCACAUAGUGCCAGAGCCACCGAGGCACCGCCCCACUCUCCCCCACAUAGUGCCAGAGCCACCGAGGCACCGCCCCACUCUCCCCCACAUAGUGCCAGAGCCACCGAGGCACCGCCCCACUCUCCCCCACAUAGUGCCAGAGCCACCGAGGCACCGCCCCACUCUCCCCCACAUAGUGCCAGAGCCACCGAGGCACCGCCCCACUCUCCCCCACAUAGUGCCAGAGCCACUCUCCGCCAUAUUAUCCGGCUGCCGAGAAAAGGAAGUAGUUGCAGCGAUUCUUUGGUCGAGGUGAGGAUAUAG